CUGUGGGAAAUGUUUACUCUGAUAUUUGAUUCGGCAAAAAGUCCACCGAUCCUCUUUUGGUAUAAAACAAGACAGUUGCUUGUGUACUGUCACCUAUUUGCUAUCCAAUCUGGUGCACCAUGGGUAUUCUGUUGCUUUUAACUCUGUUUGCCGUGGCAGCGAGCGGUGAACUAGUACGGUACGAUAACUAUCGUCUCUACCGUAUUGAAAUAGCUACACCGUCGCAGCUUAAAUCAUUGCAGCAACUAGACCUCUUUCCGGAUGGGUUCAUCUUCUUGGAUCCGCCUAUGCAUGUGCGUCGGAAUGUAAGCCUUCUUGUGCCACCAAACAAGCUAGCGGAUUACGAACAGCUGGUGCAGGCACUAGAGCUGCGUUCGGAAUCGGUAUCGGAUAACUUUCAAGCCAUUCUUGAUGCAGAAAAUCCUCCAAGAAAACAUCGAAGCCAAGCGGCGGAUGGAUUUGGCUGGGAUGAGUAUCAAACACUCGAGGAUAUCUAUCUAUGGCUCGACAGUCUAGUCGCUCAAUAUCCCUCAAUACUAUCCAUACAAAGUAUCGGCAGGACUUAUGAGGGACGUGAUAUGCAGCUCGUUAAGCUGUCGCACCAGCCCGGUAAUCCUGGGAUUUUUAUCGAGGCAAACAUUCAUGCACGCGAAUGGAUCACUUCAGCUACCGCCACGUGGUUGUUGAAUGAACUGCUCACAUCGCAGGAUCCGGUUGUACAGGAUCUGGCGAGCAAUUACGACUGGUACAUCCUGCCGAUCGCCAAUCCCGAUGGUUUCCACUACACCAAAACAACCAACCGAUUGUGGCGCAAAAACCGUAAGCCACAAAAUCUGCUCUGUGCGGGAGCGGAUCUGAAUCGGAAUUUCCCGUACCACUGGAUGGAGGGUGGAGCGUCACAGGUACCGUGCAACGAUAUCUACGCUGGUCCGCAACCUGCCUCAGAGAUUGAGACCCAAAACACCAUCGCAUUCUACGAGACGAUCGUUGACAAAAUCGAGCUGCACCUGCAGUUCCAUUCCUACGGCCAGUACAUACUGCUCCCGUACGGUUACCAAGAUGCCGACUAUCCGGAUAACUACAGCGACCAGAUGGCUAUUGCGAGAGCGGCCGCAACCGGAUUUGCAGCUCGCUACAACACCCAAUACACGUUCGGUACUAUCGCGGACGUUCUGUAUGUCGAUUCCGGCUCUACAACCGAUUGGACUCAUGGUUAUCACAAAACUCCGCUUUCAAUGUGUUUCGAGUUCCGCGAUAAUGGCCCAUACGGAUUCGUACUGCCGGCUGAUCAGAUAAUACCCAACUCGGAGGAAACACUGGACGCUCUGAUAGCAAUGGUGGCCGAAGCGAAAACAAUGGGAUACUUGCAACGCCAGCAGCAGUGAGCAUCCCAUGCCUAGGCCUCAAUCAAUCACCAUAUUAUCAUUGCUCGAACAAGCAAACAAGAUAAUGCCGGAUGGACCAUGCGUUUCUGAAGAUCAAGCUUAAAAGCUUGAAAACAAUUGAAACGUGAUAAGGAUCAAUAAAACCUGCGAGAGACUUCGUUAAGAUUCUCUCUACUCACAGG